AUGGCGCUAUUCGGGACUUUAGACGCCCUGAUGUGCCGGGUGUCCCCGACGACCUUGCGAGGACCAGCCCGCGCGUGGUACAGCGGCCUGAAGCCAGGGACCAUCGCCUCCUUCGACCAGCUCGCCAAGGAUUUCGAGCUUAACUUCCUAGCGUACUCCCGACCAAAGCCAUCCAUGGCGUUGCUCUUGGGGCUCAACCAGAAGGAGGAUAAGCCCCUUUCUCACUUUGUGAACCGGUUUACGACGCAAAUCCGUGGAUUAUCGGAUGCUCACCCCUCUCUCUUGAUGCAGGCCUUCAUGAACGGCCUGCGGCCCUCCAGGUUCUUCUGGUCCCUCGUGGAAAGGCCCCCCGUCGCGGUCCCUGAGAUGCUCCAACGGGCCAGCCAGUUCAUCGCCGCAGAAACCUGGAUGGUGGGAAGGCGAGAAGAGCACAGAAAGGUCAAGUUGGAGCCGCCCCGACACCAGCAACCCACCACCUCCCGGCGAAAGUUGGACAGGCCUGACCCAAGGCCUCCUCUUCCCGCCUUGAACUCUUCCCGGACGGAGAUAUUCCUACACGAAAGGGGGAAGGGGCUGCUCAGGGACCCCCACCCGAUGAAGAACCCGCGAGAGCUCGCAGACCGCUCAAAGUACUGUCGAUUUCAUCGACAGCACGGGCACGACACGGAGCAGUGUUACGAGCUAAAAAGACAAAUCGAGGAGCUCAUCCUCAGAGGCCAUCUCGGCCAGUACCUCCGCCCGAGCAAAGAGCAGUCUCCUCGUCCGGAGGGCCCGGUUGAGCGACACAUCGAUGUCAUAGCCGGGGGCCCCGCAUCCGGAGGAAGUUCUAUGUCGGGCAGGAAGGCCUAUGCCCGGACCGCCCCCGACGAAGCCUCGGGGCGUGAGCCUGAACCCGAGAUCACCUUCCCAACCGGAGCCGCCGAGCGACCCCACCACGACGACGCCCUGGUGAUAUCGGCCAGGGUAGCCAACGCGCAAGUGAGAAGAAUCAUGGUCGACACGGGGAGCUCGGCUGACAUACUCUACUUUGGCGCCCUCCAGAAGCUGGGCCUAGCCAGGGAAAAUUUAAGCCCAAUGUGCUCGGCGCUCACCGGCUUCACGGGAGAUUCGAUAUCACCUCUGGGAGCCAUUACCCUACCUCUGACUCUGGGGACCCCGCCGAAGUCAAAGACGGUCAUGACCACUUUUCUAGUGGUCGACCUUCCCACCGCUUAUAACGCCAUACUUGGUCGGCCGACCCUCAACAAGGUCAGAGCCGUCGUCUCGACCUACUACCGAACUGUCAAAUUCCAGACACGGGAGGGAGUCGGGGGAGUCACCGGAAGCCCCCAAGAGUCCAGGCGCUGCUACCUUACCUCCGUCUCAUUAUGCAAAAGGACCAGGGGAGAGGCGCCUCUAGAAGAUCCCCGGGAGGCAAAAAAGCCGGCCCCUCACCCUGAGCCGAGGGGGUCCACUGUUGACGUCCCCUUACGGGAAGCACGGCCGGAUCAGACGGUCAAGGUCGGAUCAGAGCUGCCCGAGCAGGAACGGGAACAGCUCGUCGGUCUUCUGCGGGAAAAUGCCGACAUCUUCGCCUGGUCUCCAUCGGACAUGAAGGGAGUCGACCCCAAGGUCACGGAGCAUCAUCUCAAUAUCCCACCUAACGCCCGUCCGGUAAAGCAAAAGCCUCGGCGCCACGCACUUGACCGGCAACGUGCCAUACAAGAAGAGGUGGACCGACUCUUGGCGGCUGGCUUCAUAGAAGAGGCCAAGUAUCCUCAGUGGUUGUCCAAUGUAGUUCUCAUGAAAAAACACAAUGGAAGUUGGAGGAUGUGCGUUGACUACACCAGUCUCAACGGUGCAUGUCCUAAAGACUGCUACCCCCUCCCGAAGAUCGACCAGCUGGUCGACGCGACAGCAGGGCACGCACGCCUCUCUUUCAUGGACGCCUAUUCAGGAUACAACCAGAUCAGGAUGGCGCCCGAAGACAGGGAACGCACGGCCUUCCUCACCGACCAAGGGAUAUACUUCUAUAAGGUCAUGUCGUUCGGGUUGAAAAACGCCGGAGCCACAUACCAGAGGACGGUAAACAAGAUGUUUGCCCCCCAAAUCGGGAGGAACAUGGAAAUCUAUGUGGACGACAUGAUUGUGAAAAGCAGAAAGGCCGGAACACACAUUGACGACCUAGCCGAGACCUUCGCCACGCUACGCAAAUUCGGCAUGCGGCUCAACCCCACGAAGUGCGCUUUCGGCGUCACCUCUGGGAAGUUCCUAGGGUUCAUUGUACACCAGAGAGGAAUCGACGCCAACCCAGAGAAAGUACAGGCAAUAAUCGAUAUGCAGUCCCCCAGACAGUUAAAGACCUACAGCGACUCAACGAUAGACUUGUCGCCCUGUCUCGCUUCCUCGCCCGAUCGGGCGAUCGCUGCCUCCCUUUCUUCAAGGCGCUCAAAGACCCGAAGAAUUUCCAAUGGACAUCGGAAUGCGAGGAGGUUUUCAAACAGAUGA